UCUGAUAAUGGUGUUUGCUUACCCUUCGAUUUGUGUGCAUGGAUUGUAUUUAUUGAACAACUUUUCAUCUGCCAAUCCAAUAUUUUAAUAGCAAGUGGAUAACUGAUGUGGCAUCAGAAAGGAUUCCAAACGAUAAGCGUUCUGUUAUCUCUUGCUAACUAUAGUGAACUAACUGAGAGAGCUACUUUUCAGCUGCUAGCUAGCUAAUCUAACAUUGAAAACGUAAUGCACAGUUAGCUCCAUGUUGUGUGCCUUAUGCCUGGUCAAUGUUAAUUUUUUCGGCAAAAAUUGCUUUGAUGCAUUUUUGUUAUAAUGCUUAUGUGACUCGAACGGGCUAGAUUGUCACAUUUUGGUCAGUUCAGUUGCGUUAGUGUUAUAUUGCCAGCUGCUGGAAAAUGUCUGUUACUGUGCUACUUCUUUAUAGUAUAUACAGAGUAACAGCUAGUAUUUACUAAAUAUAGUAAGCUAUAUUUCUUUCAUGCAAUGAGCUUGCUCAAUGCCUGAAAUUGAUUAAAAUACAGUAAAAUAAAACUGGUGGCCAAUAUUAAUGAUGAUACUGAUUUUUGUGGCAACUAUCAAUAGGUUAUUCUAUAGCCAAACAUUGGUGUUAGAUUUUGCCCAGGUAGCUUGUCACCAGUAUUCUAAUCUUGCCUGAAAUCAGACAUUCCAGCGAACAGGCAAACAUGUCUUCAGAGUCAGUGAAGGUAGUUGUCAGGUGUCGGCCAAUGAACGUCAGGGAGAAGAUUUUGAAUUGUAAAAUGGUAGUAUCAGUAGAGAUGAGUGGAUGUCAGUGUUUCAUAAAGAAGCCAGGGACGAAGGAGGAGCCACCAAAACAAUUCACCUUUGAUGGAGCCUACUUCAUUGACCAAACCACUGAGCAGAUGUACAAUGAAAUUGCUUACCCGUUGGUUGAGGGGGUGACUGAAGGGUACAAUGGGACGAUCUUUGCAUAUGGCCAGACUGGAAGUGGCAAGUCCUUCACCAUGCAGGGAGUGUCAGAGCCAGCUGCCCAGAGAGGGGUCAUUCCGAGGGCCUUUGAGCACAUUUUUGAGAGCAUUCAGUGCGCAGAAAAUACAAAGUUCUUGGUGAGGGCAUCCUACCUAGAGAUCUACAAUGAAGAAAUCAGAGAUCUUUUAGGAAAUGACACCAAACAGAAAAUGGAGCUGAAGGAGCACCCGGAGCGAGGUGUGUACGUGCGAGACCUUUCCUUGCACACUGUGCAUAGCGUGGCGGAGUGUGAGCGCAUUAUGGAGCAGGGCUGGGGGAAUCGAUCUGUGGGAUACACCCUGAUGAACAAAGACUCUUCCCGCUCCCAUUCCAUCUUUACCAUCCACCUGGAGAUCUGCAGCACAGAUGCAACUGGCGAGGACCACCUGCGGGCAGGGAAACUGAACCUGGUGGACCUGGCAGGCAGUGAACGUCAGUCUAAAACUGGUGCGACUGGGGAGCGGCUCCGCGAAGCCACCAAGAUCAACCUAUCCCUGUCAGCUCUGGGCAAUGUCAUCUCUGCCCUGGUGGACGGCCGCUCCAAACACAUCCCGUACCGAGACUCCAAGCUGACCCGGCUGUUGCAGGACUCCCUGGGUGGAAACACUCGCACCCUGAUGGUGGCCUGCCUCUCACCCGCAGACAACAACUAUGAGGAGAGCCUGAGCACCCUGCGUUAUGCUAACAGGGCCAAGAGCAUCCAGAACAGGCCACGCAUCAACGAAGACCCCAAGGAUGCUUUGCUCCGAGAGUAUCAGGAAGAAAUCAAGCAGCUACGUGCCCUCAUCUCCAGUCAGCUGAGCAAUGGAAACCUGUCAUCACUUCUGGCUGGGCAGUUGACUGUGGGACCCUCUUCUGAUCUGUCAAGGCCUCUGUCUAGCACCACAGAGGAGGAGAAGGAGAAGAUUAAAGAGGAGUACGAAGUAAAGCUGGCCAAACUUCAGGCUGAGUAUAAUGCUGAACAGGAGUCCAAUGCCAAGCUCCAGGAGGACAUUGCAGUCUUGCGCUCUUCAUUUGAGAACAAGCUUUCCAGUCUAAAGAAGACAAGGGCCAGUAGAGGGCACAGUACUACCAAUGCUGGGUCAGAGAACAUCCUUAUAAAACAAGCUAUUGAGGAGGAAUCUUUCUGUGUCCCUGCUGCCCCACAUGAGCUUCCAGAUGUGGAACCAGCUUUGGCCACGCUGAACCAGACAAAGGCGUCUGGACAGAUGACCGGUGUCCCAACAACAUCUGAGAGGGGUGAUAAUGCAGACUCGUCUCUUAUUGGCUGUCUGGAUCAGAAGCAUGUCCUGGAGAGGCUGCAGCAGCUGGAGCAGCAGGUGGUGGGAGGGGAGCAGGCUCGGAACAAGGAGCUGCAGCAAAGACACCAACAGAGGAAGACCUUGGCGGACCAGAGAAAAAAGCAGCUCAUUCAGGCCCUGGCAGAGAACCACGAGGAGAGUGAUAAUGUGAUGCUCAAUGUUUAUGACUCCAUCCAGGAUGAAGUCCGUGCUAAGAGUCGGCUCCUAGAGAACACCCAGGGAAAGCUGAAAGCGGCCAAAUUGGAGAUUCGGGACUUGCAAAUGGAGUUUGAGCUAGAAAGGAAUGACUACCUGGCCACUAUCCGAAGACUGGAGAUGGAGGGCAAGCUGCUGCAGAGCCUGCUGGAGCGUGUUAUCCCACUGGUUCGUCGUGACUGCAACUACAGCAACCUGGACCGCCUGCGGAAAGAGGCAAUCUGGGAUGAAGACAGCGCCUCCUGGAGCCUGCCUGAAGUGGUGGUGCAGAAAACGACCCUACCAUCAGCAGUAGCUCCUUCAGCUCAGAAUCUCUCUGUACGGAGAAGCUCAGCGGCAGCCACAGGAGAAUUCCUUCAGGACGAAGAGGACAGAUAUAAGGAGAUGUUGAACCGUAGCGACAGUGAAAACUUUUCCAGCAACUACUUCAAGCUUAAGAGAGCUCACCAGCUGCUGGGCAGUGAGCCCAUGAAGGGACUGGCAGGUCACUCGGCACCCCAGGGAAACGGGAUGCCUCACCUGACCUCCAGUGGUUCCAACAUUGGCGCCCCCAUUGGCCCGCCUGUCAGUGCUGAAUCCCUGCUGCCUCGACCCUUCCGCCUGGAGUCCCUGGGGAUAACUCCACCCAGCGGCAAAGUGAAGAGGAAGAAGAGCAAAACAAACAUCCUCUAUGAGGGGAACUGAACUAGUGUGAUCUGUUCCCCCCAUGAACAGACACUCUUUAUGAUCCUUAGAGACCUCACUAUUCAUUGACCUGUUUAGAGUACUUACAUAAUCAAUUGAGUGACCAUAUGAUGGCAAUAGUACACUGCUGCACCUGUGUUGACCAGCAAUAUAAAGGGACUUUUACAAGGUCUCUUUGACUUACAAUGGGAUGUCUGCUGUGUAUUAUCAUUUGCACAUUUUUAAAUGUUGGUGAAAGUAACACUACUACCUAAUACCAAACCCCAUAGUGCUUGUACUGCCUCUGAAUGCUGUGAUCCAGUGGUUCAUCUAACCUUCAAUAUAUUACACUGCUCAAAAAAUUAAGGGAACGCUUAAAUCACACAUUGGG